AUGCCACCCGAUCUACUCGGUCGGAACACUCUUGAGACAAUGGUUAAUCUCCGUACACUAUCGAUUCAUAGCAACGUAAAGAUGGAUACCGAUUAUCUAGGUGAUCAGGAAUUAGCAUAUCCACUGCCAAUAGCUUUUAAGAACUCCAAAGACUGUAUCAUAUCCUACCGAACAGAACAUGAAAACAAACUAGACAAACUAUACAAUCUUUUAAUGUUUAUUCCAAUUCCAAUGUCAAUACUUGAAUCUAUUGGUACAGAGCAAAUGGUUCUACAUUAA